AUGACGAUACCAGCCCCAUUCACACCCCGUCGUUCCACCCGAGGUACCAUAUUCACCCCCUCUCCUGGAGCUAGUCCAUCUCUCAAACAACCCAAUACCACCUACACCUGGACCUCUGCUCCACUCCCUUCGGACAACCAAGACGAGAGGAUAAGGUACAAUUCGUAUAGUAGAAUCGUAUCUAGGGUGGGAUCCACUCCGCUGAAACUUGGUGGACCAUCCAGUAGGAAGGUAAAAGCCGGUAAGGGCGAUGAGGAGAGUAGGUUUACGGUAGGAGAUGGGGUGUUGGUCAGUGUUGAAGGUGGUAAUGAAGGUGUAGGAAUAUUAAUUGGAUUAUGGGAAGAUGCACCAUCAUCCACAAAUCAAGAAGCAGACGACGGAGAAGAAGAAGAGGAUGAGAAGCAAGAGGAAGAAGAGGAGGAAGGACCAAAGAUGAUGGGUGAGAUUCAUUGGGCGUUUAGGAAGGCGGACUUACCUGGAGUGAUGAAGAAUGUGAAUAUUGAAGAUAACGAAGUCCUCCUAGCAGCUUCAUUGACUUCCCGAUCCGUAACAUCCAUUAUCCCCAUUGCCUACCUCAUGCGGACCAUCCCAAUAUAUUCCAAGUCAUUCUACCGAGACCAAUUUCCCGACACAGAGACAAAAUCCAAAUGGAAGGGUUGGUCGUAUAUCCGUCAGGGGGUAUAUUGGUGCCAUAGGGCUUUUGAUAAAUUCGCUAAAGGUGGGAAGAGCUGGAGGGUCGAUAUUGAUCAUUGGAGAGAAAGUGGGAAGAAGACGGGGGAGUGGGUUGUACCUGUUCUAGAACAGAGAGGGAAGAAUGAUAGUGAUGAAGAAGAGGAAGAGAGUGAUGAAGAUGAAGGUAGUGAAGUGGAAGAUGUCUCAGACCAAGAAGAACAAGACGAAGAUGAAGAAGAAGAUGAAGAAGAAGAGAUAUUUAUACCUGGUAAAAGGAAAAGAUCAAGACCGGGUGUUCUCAAACCACGUAAAAAAGCAAAGACAAAAUUUAAGACCAAACGGAAAACUUUGAAUUUACCUUCUAGAAAGAAGACCAAACCACAUCCUAAAUCAUCUACAAAGAACAAUUUACCAUCUUCGAUAGAAUCUUUGGAGAACCUCCCUGUGAAUCCGUACGAAAGAGCAUUGAGGUUGUUACAUGUUGGAUCGACGCCUGAGAGUUUGCCAUGUAGAGAAGAGGAAUUUCUGGAUGUGUUAGGGAAGGUUGAAGAUGGAGUGGAGAGUGGGGGUGGGGGAUGUUUAUACAUCGCCGGUGUCCCAGGGACAGGCAAGACAGCGACCGUCCACGCCGUAGUGAAAGAGCUCAAGCGAAAAGCUGAAGAUGGUGAACUUCAGCCGUUCUCUUAUGUCGAAAUUAACGGUCUCAAGAUCCCUUCUCCCCAACAUGCUUAUACGGUUCUAUGGGAGGCUAUCAGCGGAUCGAAAGGUUCCUCAACGAAGACAGCGCUGAGGGGCUUGGAAAAUCAUUUUGGAAGGAGGGGUGGACAGGGGGGUGUGAGAGGACCGAGGGGACAUACUUUCGUCGUACUGAUGGAUGAACUCGACCAACUGCUUACGGCGAAACAGGACGUAGUAUACAAUUUCUUCAAUUGGCCUACAAUGAGGGAUUCCCAAUUAUUCGUCAUCGCCGUUGCCAACAGGAUGGAUCUUCCACAACAUCUAGCAGCGAAAAUCAAAUCCAGGAUAGGUCUUCAAACCAUCCUAUUCCAGCCUUACGAUCGAGCAGCACUGAUAUCAAUCGUUCAAUCGCGAUUGAUCCCCCACCCAUCUGCACCCUCAGGAGAUCCAAAAGUACUGUUACCCGAUGCGAUAGCUUUGGCGGCUACCAAAAUGGCAGGUACGAAUGGAGAUGCUCGAAGAGUUUUGGAUGCCUGUCGGAGAGCUGUGGAAGUUGCUCUUGAAGGAGGUAACAACAACAGUAAAGACAAAAUUACCAAUGGUAAUUCUACAUCAGGUAAAGCCAAAUCUACCGGUCCUACCGGUCCUACUGGUCCUGGUUCUAUUGGUAGUCCGCACCCUGUCACAGCAAAAGAGAUGAUGUCAGUCUUACAAGCCAUGUCACAAUCACCCGUAUCGAAAUUUAUAGGUGGAUGUAGUAUCCAACAGAAAAUGAUGUUAUGUUCAUUAGUCAGAUGUAUAAGGAGAGAAGGUUUACAUGAGAUUAAUUGGAGAAAUGUCAAAAUCGAUUUCGAUAACCUUUCAAGAUCAUUCAACAUAUUCGAGAAUACAAUCAUCAACAUUAGCAACAACAACAAUAACCAAGAUGGAGGAGUUGAUGAUGGUAAUGUUUUACUUUCUAAUUCUGAAUUGAAUUUGAUAUUGAGUAGUUUACUUUCAUCUCAUGCUUUGGUCAUUGGUACCGAUCCUUACAAGAAUAUAGAAGAUAGGAAAGUAGCUUUGGGGAUGGAAAUUGGAGAAACGGGGAGGGUUUUGAUGGGUGAAGGGGAAAGUUGGAGAAGAGCUUUGGCUGGUGUGUAA